AUGGCGGACCCAGAACCAUCACGACAACAUGAGGAGACAGAGAAGAUUGACGAUGCAGAGUUGGCAUUUCAAGGAAUAAACAUGCUGCUUAACAACGGAUUCAAGGAGAGCGACGAACUUUUCAGAAAAUACAGGUUAGACGGUGCUGUGCCAUAAACAAUUAACUGAAAUCACUGUUUCAUUGGUUUAUUGAUGUGGGGAAGUUUUGAAUUCUAGGAGCUAUCCUUUAAGUAUUUAUGCUGUAUAGUUUGUUAUUUCCGGGCCCUAUUUAUUUUUUCAGAUUGAGGAAGCCCACGUGGAACUGAUUAGUAGGCCUAUUGGGUAUAAGCUAAUUUGCAUGGAUGGAAAAAGUAAUGUUACCCAAUUGUCAUACUUGAGUAAAAGUAAAGAUACCUUAAUAGAAAAUUACUCAAGUAAAAGUGAAAGUCACACAGUAAAAUACUACUUCAGUAAAAGUCUAAAAGUAUUUGGUUUAAAAUAUAUCAAAAGUAUCAAAAGUAAAAGUAUAAAUCAUUUCAAAUUCCCUACAUUAAGCAAACCAGACGGCACCAUUUUCUUACAUUUUUUUAUUUACGGAUAGUGAGGGGCACACUCCAACACUCAGACAUAAUUUACAAACUAAGCAUUUGUGUUUAGUGAGUCAGACAGAUCAGAGGCAGUAGGAUGAGGGAAUGUUAUCUUUAUAAGUGUGUGAAUCUGACCGUUUUCCUGUCCUGCUAAGCAUUCAAAAUGUAACGAGUACUUUUGGGUGUCAGGGAAAAUGUAUGGAGGAAAAAGUACAUAAUUUUCUUUAGGAAUUUAGUGAAGUAAAAGUUGUCAAAAAUAUAAAUAGUAAAGUACAGAUACCCCAAAAAACUACUUAAGUACUUUAAAGUAUUUUUACAUAAGUACUUUACACCACUGCUUAUUUGUUACAACUCAAGAACUCAUCAGUUUGCUACAAUUGUUCUCAUUGCAGCAACAAUUUUAACUUGUAAUAGGGUAAAUCAAUUGGAAUUCAAUAAUUUUUUGACAGCACCCCUUUUGAUUUGAACGAAGCCUGCCAUACAUACAGUAUUUGCCCAUUGUAGAAGUCCUCAGAAAGUGACUUUUUGGUGGAGUGUCAAAACAUUCAAGAGUUAAGGGUGCUCAAUGUUAACCCAUUUUGCUUAGCCUACCACCCUCCCCCUUAGUGUAAAUUAUCUAAAAACGCGUAAACUAUUUUUUUCUUCAUAUUCGCAUAUGUUGUAGUUUAAACCCUAUUUUACAUCUAACGUUUUUGUGUUGUGCCCGCCAUCAGUUGAGACAUGCUCUUGAAUACAGGGUGGGUGUUUUGGCUGAUAAAUGUACUAAAAUGGGAAUACAAUUGAAAUGUAAACUUUCAAAUGGUACCACAAAGAUGGUUGGAGGUCCACACAUCAGAAUCUUGACUUGAAUGGGAAUAUCUGUUUUAAAUUAUAUUGUCUAUCCUCCUUGGGCAACCUUUUGAAAUCAUAUAAAUAUAGAUAAUAGAAUAGACAUUACCAUUUAAGUUGACUUUCGACUGUGGGUGGACCGGCGGUCUUCUUUGUGGUAGUAAUUAGAAGUAAAAAUGUCAAUACAAUUUGAAUGAUGUAACAGCUAAAUUGAAAUGGUCUGAAGGGAUAGGUCCAUUCUAUGAAUUCUAUUUCUAUGAUUGAAAUGACACCCACCCUGUAUUCAAAAGCAUGUUGUCUCAACCGAUGGCUGGCAUAACAAAAAAAACUCAGAUGUUUAAAAAAGGUAUCAUCUUCGUAAAUUAUAUCAUAGGUAGGACUGGUGGAGUUAUGUCGCACAUGCAGCUAACAAAAACAUAUGGAAAUGUCUGGGUCCCGUGUAGCUCAGUUGGUAGAGCAUGGCGUUUGCAACGCCAGGGUUGUGGGUUCGAUUCCCACGGGGGGCCAGGAAAAAAAGAAUGUAUGCACUCACUAACUGUAAUUUGCUCUGGAUAAGAGCGUCUGCUAAAUGACUAAAAUGUAAAUGUCUGCUCUACCCAAAAUUACAACCAAAUAAUUGCAGCAUUACCGCAAAAAUGGAAGAGGAAAGUGGAAGGGGGGGAAAAGUAAGGAACUUGUCUGUCGGCCCUGCAUUAAAGAACGUAAUUGGUUAAAGAAAUUUGUGAUAAAUAAAAAAGUAUACCAGUUUCAUUUAAGGACCAAAGGAUUGACAGCCGUCCAAUAUAGAUUGCGAAACAGUUGGGAAGAGAUUUUUGACGUACCGAUUCCAUGGCAUAGUGUUUAUGAAUUGAUACGCAAAACGACGCCGGAUUCAAAACUUAGAAUUUUUUAAUUUAAAUUAUUAUACAAAAUUCUUGCUACCAGAAUGUUAUUUAUAUGGGGGAUACAAUCUUCCCAGCUCUGUAGAUUUUGCUGUGAAGAGACAGAAUCAUUUGAUCAUUUGUUUUGGUACUGUCCAUUUGUAGCUUGUUUUUGGUCACAGGUCCAGGAAUGGCAGAAGGAUUGCAAUAUUUACCUGGAGCUAACCCUGCAGAUAGCACUACUGGGUGAUCUGAAAAGUUAUAGUCAAUCGAUCAAUAAUAUAAUAAUACUUUGAGCAAAAAUGUUUAUUUUCAAUGUACAAUCUGUAGAAAUAAUGAGAAUAGAUGGGUUCAGAACUUUUGUGAAACAUCACAGUACAGUUGAAAAAUAUAUGGCAAAUAGAAAUCCAGUACAGAUGGUGUUAAGAGAUAGAUGGGAGGUGUUAAAUGGAGCUGAAGGAUGGGACUAAUAACAACUAACAACAACUAAUAACAACAAGAUAACUAAUGUAAAGCAUACUGUGUCCAUGAUACGUAUAUAGGUUAUAGGUUGAGAGCUUUUGUGAAAGAGCACAGUUAGAAAGAUAUGGCCAUCAUGAAAAUGGUCGGAGAGGUUUAAACAAAAUAGAAUUAUUGUAAAAUUGACUGUGUCCAUAACAUACAUAUAGUAUGUAUAAGCUGGAAGUAGAGGCCUAAGCGUUGUUGUUUACUCCAAUUAGGGAAGGGGUGGUGGGGUUGGAAUGUAAUAAAGGGAAAUAUAUUUAAAAAAAGGAUAUGUAUGUACAGUGGGGAGAACAAGUAUUUGAUACACUGCCGAUUUUGCAGGUUGUCCUACUUACAAAGCAUGUAGAGGUCUGUAAUUUUUAUCAUAGGUACACAUCAACUGUGAGAGACGGAAUCUAAAACAAAAAUCCAGAAAAUCACAUUGUAUGAUUUUUAAGUAAUUAAUUGGCUUUUUAUUGCAUGACAUAAGUAUUUGAUACAUCAGAAAAGCAGAACUUAAUAUUUGGUACAGAAACCUUUGUUUGCAAUUACAGAGAUCAUACGUUUCCUGUAGGUCUUGACCAGGUUUGCACACACUGCAGCAGGGAUUUUGGCCCACUCCUCCAUACAGACCUUCUCCAGAUCCUUCAGGUUUCGGGGCUGUCGCUGGACAAUACGGACUUUCAGCUCCCUCCAAAGAUUUUCUAUUGGGUUCAGGUCUGGAGACUGGCUAGGCCACUCCAGGACCUUGAGAUGCUUCUUACGGAGCCACUCCUUAGUUGCCCUGGCUGUGUGUUUCGGGUCGUUGUCAUGCUGGAAGACCCUGCCACGACCCAUCUUCAAUGCUCUUACUGAGGGAAGGAGGUUGUUGGCCAAGAUCUCGUGAUACAUGGCCCCAUCCAUCCUCCCCUCAAUAUGGUGCAGUCGUCCUGUCCCCUUUGCAGAAAAGCAUCCCCAAAGAAUGAUGUUUCCACCUCCAUGCUUCACAGUUGGGAUGGUGUUCUUGGGGUUGUACUCAUCCUUCUUCUUCCUCCAAACACGGCGAGUGGAGUUUAGACCAAAAAGCUCUAUUUUUAUCUCAUCAGACCACAUGACCUUCUACCAUUCCUCCUCUGGAUCAUCCAGAUGGUCAUUGGCAAACUUCAGACGGGCCUGGACAUGCGCUGGCUUGAGCAGGGGGACCUUGCGUGCGCUGCAGGAUUUUAAUCCAUGACAGCGUAGUGUGUUACUAAUGGUUUUCUUUGAGACUGUGGUCCCAGCUCUCUUCAGGUCAUUGACCAGGUCCUGCUGUGUAGUUCUUGGCUGAUCCCUCACCUUCCUCAUGAUCAUUGAUGCCCCACGAGGUGAGAUCUUGCAUGGAGCCCCAGACCAAGGGUGAUUGACCGUCAUCUUGAACUUCUUCCAUUUUCUAAUAAUUGCGCCAACAGUUGUUGCCUUCUCACCAAGCUGCUUGCCUAUUGUCCUGUAGCCCAUCCCAGCCUUAUGCAGGUCUACAAUUUUAUCCCUGAUGUCCUUACACAGCUCUCUGGUCUUGGCCAUUGUGGAGAGGUUGGAGUCUGUUUGAUUGAAUGUGUGGACAGGUGUCUUUUAUACAGGUAACGAGUUCAAACAGGUGCAGUUAAUACAGGUAAUGAGUGGAGAACAGGAGGGCUUCUUAAAGAAAAACUAACAGGUCUGUGAGAGCCGGAAUUCUUACAGGUUGGUAGGUGAUCAAAUACUUAUGUCAUGCAAUAAAAUGCAAAUUAAUUACUUAAAAAUCAUACAAUGUGAUUUUCUGGAUUUUUGUUUUAGAUUCCGUCUCUCACAGUUGAAGUGUACCUAUGAUAAAAAUUACUACAUGCUAAAAAGACUUCUACAUGCUUUGUAAGUAGGAAAACCUGCAAAAUCGACAGUGUAUCAAAUACUUGUUCUCCCCACUGUACUUCCUUAGCUUGAACUGUGUUUGGGGUCAUUGCUGUGUAAUAAUUUAUCUAAUUCAACAUAUUUCACAUGGACAUGGUGACCAUGUAUUUAGUGAUAGGAAAUACAGUACCAGUCAAAAGCACCUACUCAUUCCAAGGUUUUUCUUUAUUUUUACUAUUUUCUACAUUGUAGAAUAAUGGUGAAGACGUCAAAACUAUGAAAUAACACAUGGAAUCAUGUAGUAACCAAAAGUGUUAAACAAAUCCAAAUAUAUUUUAUAUUUGAGAUUCGUCAAAGUAGCCACCCUAUGCCUUGAUGACAGCUUUGCACACUCUUGGCAUUCUCUCAACCAGCUUCAUGAGGUAGUCACCUGGAAUGCAUUUCAAUUAACAGGUGUGUCUUCUUAAAAGUUAAUUUGUGGAAUUUCUUUCCUUAAUGUGUUAGAGCCAAUCAGUUGUGUUGUGACAAGGUAGGGGUGGUAUACAGAAGAUAGCCCUAUUUGGUAAAAUACCAAGUCCAUAUUAUGGCAAGAACAGCUCAGUAUAAUAAAAUAAAAUAACCUGCAAAAUCGGCAGUGUAUCAAAUACUUGUUCUCCCCACUGUAUUUGUAUGUGUAUAUGUAUGUAUAUGACACAAGCCAUAUCUCAGACUGGCCAAUAAAAAGAAAAUAUUAAGAUGGGCAGUCAGAGAUAUGGCUUUUUCUUUGCAACUCUGCCUAGAAGGUCAGCAUCCCGGAGUCGCCUCUUCACUGUUGACGUUGAGACUGGUGUUUUGCGGGUACUAUUUAAUGAAGCUGACAGUUGAGGACCUGUGAGGCGUCUGUAUCUCAAACUAGACACUCUAAUGUAUUUGUCCUCUUGCUCAGAUGAUGUGGAGUCAAAGCUACAACAUCUGCGAAUAUGAAGUUUUUAGAUAAUUGACAUUAAAGGUUGAGUUCUUGUAUCAUGCUGAAGAGACAUUGUCAUUCAGUGUUUAUUUGCAGUUCUCUCUAAUAUGAAAUGUUUCCUUUUUCCCUCAAAGCAAUGCAAAAGUGUUGACUCCAAGCACUUUUGCAAUAUGCUCAUAUCGUUAUCAACUCUAUACUGUAAGUUUGAGAGGAUUGUUUUGAUGAGCAAGCCAAACUGAACUAGGGCUAUAUCUUACAGGGAUAAUUGAAAUUUAAAAUAGAUUUGGACAUUUUUGCUGUAAAGCUGUACUUUAUCAAAGAACCUGUUUGUGCUAGAUUUUUAGCUAAGAUCCCACACCAGUUGGGAAGACUGUUGCCAUGUUCAGGACAACUUGGAAACUCAGAAAUCUCAGACUUGGCAACUCGUUGUAGAAAGAUGAGGUCUGAGUUUCCCACUUGGAAAGUAUCAGAAUUAACACAUAAGAAGCUCUACGCAAAAAAACAUAUGCACAUUUUAUCUCUGAGUUUCCGAGUUGUCUUGAAUGUGGCAAAUGUCUGAGUUAGCAGUGGUUGGGUUGUAGGCCUAUAGCAUACAAAGCAGGCCACAACCAUUCCCGUCAUGUCAGUCAUUGAAUGUUCUUGUACUAAGGUUACACUCCGAGAGCAAACAAGUUGGUCUUCCAAAGCUGUUCACAUGAUUUACUAGUUAGCACCACCUCACUCGUCAAAUAUCAUCGGCAACUAAAUAAGUGGCAUCAUUAUCCAUAUCUACAGUGCAUUCGGAAAGUAUUCAGACCCCUUCACCUUUCCCACAUUUUGUCACGUUACAGCCUUAUUAUUACAUUUAUUUAAAUUGUUAUUUUUUUCUCUCAUAAAUCUAGACAUGAUACACCAUAAUGGCAAAGCAAAACAGGUUUUAUAUAUUUUUUGCUAAUUUAAUAAAAAUUAGAAACGGAAAUAUGACAUUUACAUAAGUAUUCAGACCCUUUACUCAGUACUUUGUUGAAGCACCUUUGGCAGCGAUUACAGCCUCAAGUCUUCUUGGGUAUGAAGCUACAAGCUUGGCACACCUGUAUUUGGGGAGUUUCUCCUAUUCUUCUCUGCAGAUCCUCUCAAGCUCUGUCAGGUUGGAUGGGGAGCGUCGCUGCACAGCUAUUUUCAGGUCUCUCCGGAGAUGUUCGAUCGGGUUCAAGUCCGGGCUCUGGCAGGGCCCCUCAAGGACAUUCAGAGACUUGUCCCGAAGCCACUCCUGCAUUGUUUUGGCUGUGUGCUUAGGGUCGUUGUUCUGUUGGAAGGUGAACCUUCGCCCCAGUCUGAGGUCCUGAGCGCUCUGGAGCAGGUUUUCAUCAAGGAUCUCUCUGUACUUUGCUCCGUUCAUCUUUGCCUCGAUCAUGACUAUUCUCCCAGUCCCUGCCGCUGAAAAACAUCCCCACAGCAUGAUGCUGCCACCACCAUGCUUCACCGUAGGGAUGGUGCCAGGUUUCCUCCUGACGUGACGCUUAGCAUUCAGUCCAAAGAGUUCAAUCUUGGUUUCAUCAGACCAGAGAAUCCUGUUUCUCAUGGUCUGAGAGUCCUUUAGGUGCCUUUUGGCAAACUCCAAGCGGGCUGUCAUGUGCCUUUUACUGAGGAGUGGCUUCCAUCUGGCCACUCUACCAUAAAGGCCUGAUUGGUGGAGUGCUGCAGAGAUGGUUGUCCUUCUGGAAGGUUCUCCCAUCUCCACAGAGGAACUCUGGAGCUCUGUCAGAGUGACCAUCGGGUUCUUGGUCUCCUCCCUGACCAAGGCUCUUCUCCCCCGAUUGCUCAGUUUGGCCAGGUGGCCAGCUCUAGGAAGAGUCUUGGUGGUUCCAAACUAAUUCCAUUUAAGAAUGAUGGAGGCCACUGUGUUCUUGGGGACCUUCAAUGCUGCAGAAUUUUUUUGGUACCCUUCCCCAGAUCUGUGCCUCGACACAAUCCUGUCUCGGAGCUCUACGGAUAAUUCCUUCGACCUCAUGGCUUGGUUUUUUAUAUAGACAGGUGUGUGCCUUUCCAAAUCAUGUCCAAUCAAUUGAAUUGACCACAGGUGGACUCCAAUCAAGUUGUAGAAACAUUUCAAGGAUGAUUAAUGGAAACAGGAUGCACCUGAGCUCAAUUUCGAGUCUCAUAGCAAAGGGUCUGAAUACUUAAAUAAGGUAUUAAUGUUUUUUUUUUGUAAUACAUUUGCCAAAAUUCCUAAAAACCUGUUUACACUUUGUCAUUAUGGGGUAUUGUGUGUAGAUUGCUGAGGAGAUUUUAUUUAUUUAAUCCAUUUUAGAGUAAGGCUGUAACAUUACAAAAUGUGGAAAAAGUCAAGGGGUCUGAAUACCUUCCCGAAUACCUUCCAAAUCAGUAGAUUUCUUGCCUCAGCUAUAGUCUUGUAUUGAAAUUAUCAGGAACGUUUCCUCUCACGACCUCUACAAGCCAGAAUGUUGAAUAAAAUAAUAUUUUAUCUUACACACGGUUAUCCCGUGUGGUUGGUCCUUUUGCAGGUAGGAAUGCAUUCAGAUUUCUAUCACCUGAAGCAUGCGAACAAGAUGAAAAUAUGUGCAUGAGAUGCAUGCAUACUUGCUGAGCUCGUGCACGUGUUUACAUGGUUCUGCAAUAUGCUUCAGGUGAUAGAAAUCUGAACGCACUACCAGCGCUUUGAAAAGUUGAUGUAAUUAUACUUUCCUGUAGAUAUAUUGUCUUAAAUUCCUAACUGCAAAAUGACCAACCACACGGAUAACUGGCUUGUAGAGGUUGUGAGAGGAAACUUUCCUGAUCCAAACACUCAAUUAUGCCCAAUGUAGAAUUAGUGCCUUCAGAAAAAAAAAAUCCCUAGUCCUUGCCAUGACAAGCAUACCCAUAACAUGAUGCAGCCACCACCAUACUUGAAAAUAUGAAAAGUGGUGCUCGGUGUUGUGUUGGAUUUGCCCCAGACCUAACUCUUUGUAUUCUGGACAUAAAGUUAAUUGCUUUGCCACAUUUUGUGCAGUUUUACUUUAGCACCUUAUUGCAAACAGGAUGCAUGUUUUGGAAUAUUUGUAUUCUGUACAGGUUUCCAUCUUUUCACUCUGUCAAUUAGGUUAGUAUUGUGGAGUAACUACAAUGUUGUUGAUCCAUCCUCAGCUUUCUCCUAUCACAGCCAUUCAACUCUGUAACUGUUUUAAUGUCACUAUUGGCCUCAUGGUGAAAUCCCUUAGCGGUUUCCUUCCUCUCCGGCAACUGAGUUAGGAAGGACGCCUGUUUCUUUGUAGUGACUGGGUGUAUUGAUACACCAUCCAAAGUGUAAUUAAUAACUUCACCAUGCUCAAAGGGAUAUUCUAUAUCUGCUUUUUUUUAUGUACCCAUCUACCAAUGGGUGCCCUUCUUUGCGAGGCAUUGGAAAACCUCACUGGUCUUUGUGGUUGAAUCUGUGUUUGAAAUACACUGUUCGACUGAUGGACCUUACAGAUAGUUGUAUGUGUGGGUUACAGAGAUAAUUCCACUUUGACAUUAUGGGGUGUUGUGUGUAGGCCAGUGACAUCCAUUUUAAAUUCAGGCUGUAACACAACACAAUGUGGAAAAAGUAAAUGGGUGUGAAUACUUGCUGAAGGCACUGUAAAUUAAAUUCAACGUCGGGUUUCUAGGCUAUUGGCACCCUUGCACUUUACAAUGGAGUGCAAUGGAACAUAAUGUUCUGUGUUCUCUUUUCAAAAAUGGUUGAAUGCUAUUUUUACCCUGUAGGCACCUGCAACUUACCACAGGUGAAAGAAAUUACGCAGUAAAUGAGAAUCAGCUACCUCCAGCCAAAUACAUUUGAAUUCUUCUGAAUUCUGAAUAAUUUAGUCCAGGACAUUUUUGGGACUUUGAAGUGAAAAAUACAGAGUAAACACAACAGGCUUAGAUCCUCAAAGACACACACACACCCACAGCCUUGUCUCCUGUUGAUAGCCUAAAUGUCACCUCUCCCACUAAAUAUAAUGAGCUCUGAGCCCUCAUAAGAGAUGGAGGGAACUGAAAGUUGACUCCCUCAUCCAUAUUUCUAUACUGUAGGCUUAAAUAUGAAAACAUAAAAUUCAAGGCUUCUACAUUCUUGGAAGUGAAUAACCAUCCAGACUUUGAGACAUGAAUGCGACUACUAUUAAAUGUUCUCAUGGAGCAGUCUUACAAAUCAUAUUUAAGUAAUUACUUUAGCCUGACUCUGCCACCUUUGAUGGCUAUCUUCAGACGCUCUGCACAAGGAAGCAAUUCAGAUGGUAUUGCUGGAGGAUACCUAAGUUUGACUUACUUGAAACAACUCUAUAGCUCUCACCCCACAUCACCCGUCCUGGCUGUCUCUCUUAAGAAAUUGAUCUAGAUUUAGCUGUGCAAGCCCUUACCGCAACCAUCUCCCUCUCUCUUCUAGGACCCACAGCCCACUGAUGAGUUUCGGAGCCAGUUUUGUCAGCUUCCUGGUAAGUAGUGUUGGAGAGGAGAGGUCAGAGGAUGUCAACUUCUUACUGAUUUACUCUACGUCUCCCAAAUUCAACUGCUAUUCUCAUUUGAUACUCCUGCAAUGCAGACCAUUGGAUUCUAUUGGAGUUAAGAACAGGAGGAGGUUGAUGUCUUCACUAUUAUUCUACAAUGUAGAAAUUAGUUAAAAAAAAAAGAAAAACUCUGGAAUGAGUAGGUGUGUCCAAACUUUUGACUGGUACUGUACAUAAACCUUGUCAUAGUGCAUUUGCGGUGCAGAUUGGCUAAAUUAAUUGAAGGUCACACAACUAAUAGCACACCCGGGAUAUCCUCAGCACUAGUCUUGUGCAUCCACCGCUGCUGGCCCACAUACUGAAUCAUCAAUGAUUCACCAAUCUGAUAUAACUGGCUCACGGUGGGUUUGAAUACUGACAGGCAAUAAAUGAUUUGUGCACAUCUUUGAAAAUGAUCACGGUAGAUACAAUUUUAGUCUGAUAAGUCCAGGAUGCAUAGUUGAUUGUCUAGCUGUGGUUUUCAUUGUUAUACAGUUGAGGGCAAAUAUAUUGGCACCCUUUCAUGAUUCACUAUUUCCUCUAAAAUAAGUUGAAAUUGAAAAAGGUUUUGGUGUUCAUACGUGUAAUAUUUGAUUUACAACUGCACAGGAACCCCCCCCCCCCCCAAACCCCUCCCCCCAAAAAAGAAAUAAUAAAUUAUAUUCUGAUUUUUUUUUCACUUCAACGUAAAACAUUGGCCUGGACUAAAUUAUUCAACAUGGAAAUUAUUUUGGUUGGAGUCAAGUGAUUCUUGUUUACUGUGUAGUUUAUCUCACCUGUGGUAAUAUAAGUUGCAGGUGCCUAAGGGGUAAAAAAUUACCUUUCAACCUUUGUUGAAAAGCGAAAACACAACAUUCCACUCCAUUGUAUAGUGCAAGGGGGCCAAUAUAUUUGACCAUGUGGCUAUAUGUCUGUUGCUGAUAGGAUCAUUGUUUAGCCUACUUUCAAACAAUAGGGUUGCUACAUGAUAAGGAGUUACGCCAAGACUACCAUACUGUCUAGAAUGAGAGAAAGGCCCUGACUGGUACUGUAUGAAUCUGCCUGUGUGUGUAGAAUGCCAUGAUGACGUUUGAGGAGGAGAAGAUGCAGACAGCCUUUGAUGACCUCAGAGCCACUGAGAGACUUUGUGAGAGCGACAACGCCGGGGUCAUCGAGACAAUCAAAAACAAGAUCAGGAGGAGUGUAAGUGAAGGACAAUGCGUACACGCACACCUAAUUAACCUCAGCGAAGCUCAUACCUAUUGACUGCAUAGCACCUCACACCUCCUCUAUCCACACACGCCUGACUUGUCUUACUGUCUGCCAAUGUCAAGUUGACAUCUUAUCUCACAGUGCUGUGUUUGGCCUUGCACUAUAAUUUAGAUGUUGACAUCACCAUGCUCUGUGUGUUUGGCCUUCCUCCAGUACCCCCAGAGGUCAGGGGUGGCAAUAGUAGACCACCUCCAGAGACAGAUCAUCGUGGCAGACUGCCAGGUGUACCUCGCUGUCCUCUCCUUCAUCAAACAGGAACUGUCAGGUGAGACGCCUCAUCACUUCUACCUUGACCUGCAUGUAGGCUUAUAGCUGACUGAAUGAACCAUUAGUACUUGACGGAUCGGCUGUGCUGCUACUACUAGACUGAAUGACUGCACUGUGUUGUUGCUACUCACUGGUAUGGUUUAGAUCAUAGCUCUGUUUCAAUAUCCACUCUUGCAUACUGAUUAUAAUGCAUGCUCAAUAAGUGGUUUGCUAUAAUGGACAUUGGUAUGUAGACCAUGUCUCUCAGUACUCUAACAUCCUGCUGAUUUAUAUUAUCUCUCAUGGAUUUCCCCUCUCCCAAACCCACCCAGCAUACAUCAGAGGAGGCUGGCUCCUCCGCAAAGCCUGGAAGAUGUACAACAAGUGUUACAGCGACAUCAACCAGCUGCAGGAGUGCAGCAAGAGGAGGUCCUCCGACCAGCUGGUGUCUCCCUCUCCAUCCACUGACCAGGCCAACCACGGUGCGGCCAUGCUCCCAACCCAGAGGACCAAUUGGGUGAGCCCGGAGGCCCUAGCCCGGCUUAAGGGCUCGGUCAGUUUUGGCUACGGCCUGUUCCACCUGUGCAUCUCCAUGAUACCGCCACACCAGCUGAAGAUUGUCAACCUCCUGGGUUUCCCCGGCGACCGUCACCAGGGGCUGUCUGCCCUCGUGUAUGCCAGUGAAAGUAAGGACAUGAAGGCCCCCCUAGCUACGUGAGUAGGUGUACCACUACUGACCAUAGAGUGUCAAUGUUUUGUUUUUUUGUCUCGUGUGUUGGUUUAUUAUACAGUGGGGAGAACAAGUAUUUGAUACACUGCCGAUUUUGCAGGUUUUCCUACUUACAAAGCGUGUAGAGGUCUGUAAUUUUUAUCAUAGGUACACUUCAACUGUGAGAAACGGAAUCUAAAAAAAUCCAGAAAAUCACAUUGUAUGAUUUUUAAGUAAUUAAUUUACAUUUUAUUGCAUGACAUAAGUAUUUGAUACAUCAGAAAAGCAGAACUUAAUAUUUGGUACAGAAACCUUUGUUUGCAAUUACAGAGAUCAUACGUUUCCUGAAGGUCUUGACCAGUUUUGCACACACUGCAGCAGGGAUUUUGGCCCACUCCUCCAUACAUACCUUCUCCAGAUCCUUCAGGUUUCGGGGCUGUCGCUGGGCAAUACAGACUUUCAGCUCCCUCCAAAGAUUUUCUAUUGGGUUCAGGUCUGGAGACUGGCUAGGCCACUCCAGGACCUUGAGAUGCUUCUUACGGAGCCACUCCUUAGUUGCCCUGGCUGUGUGUUUCGGGUCAUUGUCAUGCUGGAAGAACCAGCCACGACCCAUCUUCAAUGCUCUUUCUGAGGGAAGGAGGAUGUUGGCCAAGAUCUUGCGAUACAUGGCCCCAUCCAUCCUCCCCUCAAUACGGUGGAGUCGUCCUGUCCCCUUUGCAGAAAAGCAUCCCCAAAGAAUGAUGUUUCCACCUCCAUGCUUCACGGUUGGGAUGGUGUUCUUGGGGUUGUACUCAUCCUUCUUCCUCCAAACACGGCGAGUGGAGUUUAGACCAAAAAGCUCUAUUUUUGUCUCAUCAAACCACAUGACCUUCUCCCAUUCCUCCUCUGGAUCAUCCAGAUGGUCAUUGGCAAACUUCAGACGGGCCUGGACAUGUGCUGGCUUGAGCAGGGGGACCUUGCGUGCGCUGCAGGAUUUUAAUCCAUGACGGCGUAGUGUGUUACCAAUGGUUUUCUUUGAGACUGUGGUCCCAGCUCUCUUCAGGUCAUUGACCAGGUCCUGCCGUGUAGUUCUGGGCUGAUCCCUCACCUUCCUCAUGAUCAUUGAUGCCCCACGAGGUGAGAUCUUGCAUGGAGCCCCAGACCGAGGGUGAUUGACCGUCAUCUUGAACUUCUUCCACUUUCUAAUAAUUGCGCCAACAGUUGUUGCCUUCUCACCAAGCUGCUUGCCUAUUGUCCUGUAGCCCAUCCCAACCUUGUGCAGGUCUACAAUUUUAUCCCUGAUGUCCUUACACAACUCUCUGGUCUUGGCCAUUGUGGAGAGGUUGGAGUCUGUUUGAUUGAGUGUGUGGACAGGUGUCUUUUAUACAGGUAACGAGUUCAAACAGGUGCAGUUAAUACAGGUAAUGAGUGGAGAACAGGAGGGCUUCUUAAAGAAAAACUAACAGGUCUGUGAGAGCCGGAAUUCUUACUGGUUGGUAGGUGAUCAAAUACUUAUGUCAUGCAAUAAAAUGCAAAUUAAUUACUUAAAAAUCAUACAAUGUGAUUUUCUGGAUUUUUGUUUUAGAUUCCGUCUCUCACAGUUGAAGUGUACCUAUGAUAAAAAUUACAGACUUCUACAUGCUUUGUAAGUAGGAAAACCUGCAAAAUCGACAGUGUAUCAAAUACUUGUUCUCCCCACUGUACUUCCUUGGCUUGAACUGUGUUUGGGGUCAUUGCUGUGUAAUGAUUGAUCUAAUUCAACAUAUUUCACAUGGACAUGGUGACCAUGUAUUUAGUGAUAGGAAAUACAGUACCAGUCAAAAGCACCUACUCAUUCCAAGGUUUUUCUUUAUUUUUACUAUUUUCUACAUUGUAGAAUAAUAGUGAAGAUGUCAAAACUAUGAAAUAACAUUUACAUUUUUAACAUUUUAGUCAUUUAGCAGACGCUCUUAUCCACUCGGGAGAUAGCACAGUGGCGCAGUGGUCUAAGGCACUGCAUCGCAGUGCUAGCUGUGCCACUAGAGAUCCUGGUUCGAAUCCAGGCUCUGCUGUAGCAGGCUGCAACCGGGAGACCAAUGGGGCGGUGCACAAUUGGCCCAGCGUCGUCCAGGGUAGGGGAGGGAAUGGCCGGCAGGGAGGUAGCUCAGUUGGUAGAGCAUGGUGUUUGCAACGCCAGGGUUGUGGGUUCGAUUCCCACGGGUGUGCAGUAUGAAAAAAAAGAAUAAAAAAAGAAUAAUGUAUGCACUAACUGUAAGUCGCUCUGGAUAAGAGCGUCUGCUAAAUGACGUAAAAUGUAAAAAAUGUAAAAAUAACACAUGGAAUCAUGUAGUAACCAAAAAAGUGUUAAACAAAUCCAAAUAUAUUUUAUAUUUGAGAUUCUUCAAAGUAGCCCCCCUUUGCCUUGAUGACAGCUUUGCACACUCUUGGCAUUCUCUCAACCAGCUUCAUGAGGUAGUCACCUGGAAUGCAUUUCAAUUAACAGGUGUGUCUUCUUAAAAGUUAAUUUGUGGAAUUUCUUUCCUUCUUAAUGUGUUUGAGCCAAUCAGUUGUGUUGUGACAAGGUAGGGGUGGUAUACAGAAGAUGGCCCUAUUUGGUAAAAGACCAAGUCCAUAUUAUGGCAAGAACAGCUCAGUAUAAUAAAAUAAAAUAAAAAAAUGUAUGCACUCACUAACUGUAAGUCGCUCUGGAUAAGAGCGUCUGCUAAAUGACUAAAAUGUAAAUGUAAAUAAGCAAAGAGAAAUGACAGUCCAUCAUUACUUUAAGACAUGAAGGUCAGUCAAUCCGGAACAUUUCAAGAACUUUGAAAGUUUCUUCAAAUGCAGUUGCAAAAACCAUCAAGCGCUAUGAUGAAACUGGCUCUCAUGAGGACCGCCACAGGAAAGGAAGACCCAGAGUGAUCUCUGCUGCAGAGGAUAAGUUCAUUAGAGUUACCAGCCUCAGAUUGCAGCCCAAAUAAAUACUUCACCGAGUUCAAGUAACAGACACAUCUCAACAUCAACUGUUCAGAGGAGACUGCAUGAAUCAGGCCUUCAUGGUCGAAUUGCUGCAAAGAAACCACUACUAAAAGACACCAAUAAGAAGAAGAGACUUACUUGGGCCAAGAAACACGAGCAAUGGACAUUAGACCAGUCCAAAUUUGGGAUUUUUUGUUCCAACCGCCGUGUUUUUGUGAGACGCAGAGUAGGUGAACGGAUGAUCUCCGCAUGUGUGCUUCCCACCGUGAAGCAUGGAGGAGGAGGUGUGAUGGUGUGGGGGUGCUUUGCUGGUGACACUGUCAGUGAUUUAUUUAGAAUUUAAGGCACACUUAACCAGCAUGGCUACCACAGCAUUCUGCAGCGAUACGCCAUCCCAUCUGGUUUGCGCUUAGUCGGACUAUCAUUUGUUUUUCAACAGGACAAUGACCCAAAACACACCUCCAGGCUGUGUAAGGACUAUUUCACCAAGAAGGAGAGUGAUGGAGUGCUGCAUCAGAUGGCCUGGCCUCCACAAUCACCCGACCUCAACCCAUUUGAGAUGGUUUGGGAUGAGUUGGACGGCAGAGUGAAGGAAAAGCAGCCAACAAGUGCUCAGCAUAUGUGGGAACUCCUUCAAGACUUUUGGAAAAGCAUUCCUCAUGAAGCUGGUUGAGAUAAUGCCAAGAGUGUGCAAAGCUGUCAUCAAGGCAAAGGGUGGCUACUUUGAAGAAUCUAAAAUCUAAAAUAUAUUUUGAUUUGUUUAACACUUUUUUGGUUACUACAUGAUUCCAUAUGUGUUAUUUCAUAGUUUUGAUGUCUUCACUAUUAUUGUACAAUGUAGAAAAUAGUAAAAAUAAAGAAAAACCAUUGAAUGAGUAGGUGUUCUAAAACUUUUGACUGAUACUGUAUAUGUAGUAAUCCUACCUAACGUAGCCUAUACAUGGACUAGACAGAAGUCUUGUAGUCUGAUUAUUUGGGAAGAGAAAAGAACCAGCAGGCCUGUGAGAGGUCCCUGGCCUGUUUCCCUUACAUGAAGUAUGGAGCUUCGCUGGCUCUGAAUUUCAGUGAUUCAUAUUGAACAACAUAUUUAUUACUGGAGUCACCGCCAUACUGAUUAGAAAUUAUCCACUAUUUGAAUGGUGAAUGUUUGAUUCUACCCACACAUCCACAGCAGAAGGCAGAAGACAGUGUGCGUCCCACAUGGCACCCUAUUCCUUCCGUAGUGCAAUACUUUUGACCACGGCCCAUAGGGCUCUGGUCAAAAGUAGUACACUAUAUAGGGAAUAGGUUGCCAUUUGGGAUAAAACCACAGCUUUCACCAGACCUGAAGCCCAUUAGCUCUUUUCCACUCUGCCAGGGGCCAAGAUUAACUGCUUUAAUAAUAGAGAGAAGCUGGCCCUGGCCCCAGCCCUGGUUGAACUUGAAUGCCUUGGCAGAGAACAAAGAUUGUAUUUAUUUUAGGAGGACACAUGUUCAACAUUUAAGAUAAGAUUAACUUUAUUGUGCCCGAAGGGAAUUUUGUCUUGGACUUUCAAGUGCUGUUGCUUCCACAUCUAUGCUGCAUGCAACUGUUGAUUCUGCAGAUUUUUGAUUGAUUUUGUUAUCAGCUGACUUAUCUGCUGAGUGUGGUAGCAGGCUGUUCACUCUCUGAACGCUGAUGUUCACCGGUAUACCUCUCUCACUGUUGUCAAUAACAAUGGUUUCUCUCCCCCUGUGGCAGGUUGGCCCUCUUGUGGUACCAUACGGUAGUGCAACCCUUCUUUGCCCUGGACGGCUCUAACACACAGGCCGGUCUGAUGGAGGCGAAGGCUAUCCUGCAGAGAAAGGAGCCUGUAUACCCUAACUCCUCCCUCUUCAUAUUCUUCAAGGGCAGGGUGCAGCGCCUGGAGGUAAGGACCUGGGCCAUGUUCAGUAGGGAGAAUUAAACAGGGUGGUUCAACCUGAAUGUCUCCAAUAAUAACACCCAUUUUCUUGUGCUGCGGUGUACACUACUUGACACGACCUAGAUAGGAGUAGACAGACGCCACAAGGAAACCUGUGUCUACACCUGUGGCUGUAGUGUGUUCUUUGUCCUAAUCUUCCCCCUCUCCUCUACUCAUCCAGUGCCAGAUCAACAGUGCCUUGACAUCCUUCCAAAAUGCCUUAGAGCUGGCUACAGACCAGAGGGAGAUCCAGCAUGUUUGUUUGUAUGAAAUAGGUACAAUAUGCUUUUCCUUCCUCAACUCUUAACGUAUACAACACCAUUACCUUGUUGUUCCUGAGUGACACUUCAUUCUCUCUGCUCUCAGGGUGGUGCAGUAUGAUCGAGCUGAAGUACAGUGACGCCUACAAGGCCUUUCAGCGUCUGGCGACUGAGUCACGCUGGUCCCAGUGUUACUACACCUACCUAACUGGAGGUGAGAGGGCAGAGGUUAGAAGUCAUGCAGUUAGAGGUGGGGUUAGAAGAACGCCCUCUUUUUUAUUUUAUUUUUUCUUCAAAAGUAAAAGAACUUCCAAAACUGGGAAUGCUAACUCACCUGAAUGAAAAGCUUCUGAACUAUUAGCAAUAAUGGCAUACAUGCCCUGAUGACGGUAAUAUGUUGGUGUUGAGAUGCCCUGGACAUCUCUCUGUGUUUGUGGUCCACUAUAGUGUCCCAGGGAGCAUCAGGAGAUCUGGAGGGAGCUGCCGCUGUCUUCAAGGACGUACACAAGCUUUUCAAACGGAAGAACAACCAGAUAGAACAGUUCUCUAUGAAGAGGGUGAGCGUGGGACUGACAACAGCACAUUUCUAUAGAUAUAUCAAUGUGAAUUAUUACUUCUAGUGAGAAUAAAUCAUUUUGCAUUUCAUACAGUUUCAAGGUGAUCUGAAGUAAUUGUAUGGAGGAAAAUUGGCAGUUGAUUAUUUAGUGAGUAGAAUUCUGCUUCUCGACUGAGAUGGUAAACGUGUGUGUGUGCGUGUGUGUGUGCGUGUGUGUGUGCAGGCGGAGAGGCUAAGGAAACACGCCCCAUCCAGAGAGCUGUGUAUCCUGGCUGUGAUCGAGGUGCUUUACCUGUGGAAGGCCCUGCCUAACUGCUCCACCUCCAAGCUGCAGACCAUGAGCCAAGGUACGCUGUGAAAACAUACAGUAAACACCAUACACAGACCACAUCAACACAAACAUAGACAGACCACUCAUACAUAGGGCUGUGGCGGUGAUGAAAUGUAAUCUUGGCUUUACUAAUAUGUGAAAGUAAUUUUGAUUAGGCAGGGGCAGGGGGAAAAAAUACAUGUCAUCUGUAUGCACUCGAAUAGCGAAUGAAGGCUCCUGCGGUUCCUUUUUCAAUCAUGCCAGGUAGGCUACUCCGGUUUUACAUCGGAGCGAUGCGUUUAAUAUUAAUAGCUCAGAAAUAAAUAUAGUAGCAGCUGGGAUCUUCCUCUUUUUAGUGGUAACCAUCAAAACUCUGCUUUCACAGGAUUGCAUAUAAAACUAAAUGCAUGUGCUUAUAAGAACACUUAUUUCACUCCACAAAUCAACCACUGUUUGAGGAGCAGCCUCUCGCUGCGCGACAGGUGAAAUUCUGCCCAAACUCUGCAUACCAUGGGCUCCCCAACCCUGUUCCUGAAGCUACCCAGUGCUUAAUUUGGGAAACCGAGUGUAAUCUGUUCGGGAACAUUGAUAGUAACAUAUUUUCAUAACUAAACAAAUGUGAUUAAACUGUUGACAACCCCUCUCUGCACACUCGAGCAAGGAAUGAAGGAGAGCGAGGAGAUGGAAAUGCACGGUGGUGAGAGAUUCUGUAGCUAAAUGUCAGCCUAUUAAUUAUGAAAAGAAAAGCCCUAUUUAAUUUUGGAGUAUAGGCUGUACCAAAGUGUGGUGAUGACUCAUGACUGCCGGUGUGGUGGUACAGUCACCGCAACAGCCCUACACAUGCACAUGAUCAAACUCCCAGUCCCAACCACCACGGUUGCUACACAUUCAAUUAUAGCCUAUUCUCUUUUGGCUGUGAAGGACAUCACACACAACACUUUUAGGAUCUGCUACAAUUUCAGGCAGCAUGGUGAUUGAGCUUUCGCUGAGUAGUUGUGGUGGUGCCAUGAAAGUGAAUUCCUGUGAAUCUGGAAGAAAACUCAGUGGGUUGUUUCUGUCUCCUCAUAGUCCUGCAGGAGCUAGAUGACGUCUCAUGUGCCGGCCUGAAAAACCUGCUCCUUGGUGACAUACACAGAUGUCUCGGCAACAUGAACGACUCCAUUCAGGUUCUGUCUCAUCACCCUAUUUAUAUGUAUUGAAAACUAAGUACACACAUAAUAUUUAUCUGCAAAUAUGAAUGUAGUCAGAAUAGUGAAUGUUUACUACUCUUUAUUAUGUCAUUAAACAUUGCAGUGCUUCCAUCUGGCUGCCAGAGAUGAGAUGGAUCGUCAGAACAACUCCUAUGUGCAGCCCUACUCCUUCUACGAGUUAGGCUGUGUCUUACUGGACAGCCCUGAGGUGAGCUGUGUAUAUGGCAUGUUGCUAUAGUGUAUUGUGCAAAAUGUCAACCCUGAGGAGAGAAAGUGUAUGUUGCUUAAUGCAGUAGUUGAUUGAUGUUGUGGUUCUUCUCUUCUCAGUCUGAAGCGAAGGGCAGAGCUCUGAUGCUCCAGGCCAAGGUACAGUAGAACUUCACUUCUACAGUAUGGGCCAAGAGUGUAUCCUCGUUUUUAGAAACGUGUAGCUUUCAGCUGCUGUAUUUGGAAUUAUCAAUCAAGUCUGACAGUCAUCCAUAAUAUGCAUUUUAAAAUAUUUGUUAUUUCCUUACCAGUAUGUGCACUUGUGAAUAUUUGUAUGUGAUGUAGUAAUGUCUUGUGUUUGUACAGGAGGACUAUGCUGGCUAUGACUUUGAGAACAGGCUCCAUGUGCGCAUCCAUUCAGCUCUGGCUUCCAUGAGGGAGAAGGUGACCCACCCUGACUGCCCCCUUUCUCCACCAUACAUCCACCCUAGCUCUGUGUUGGGGGUAGAAGGAGCUGGAAAUGACUCCCUUUAGAGAAGCCAUCUUGAUCUCUACAGCACUGUGAUGGUUCACUGCAAUGUGUUUUUCAGUUGACUUGUGUUUUUUAAAAUAAUGAAUGUGCCAUCAAGUUUGCAAUGCAUAGUUUACAGCAAGAGUUUCCUGGAGCGAUAGAGCAGGAAUAGUUAAGACUACUGGAGCGUAUUAGUGUGUUUUCAACCAGAUCAAAUAUGUACAGUAGUUGUGGCUGGGAGGCAAAUGUAACUUUUUACCAGGAAAAAGUAU